GCUCAUCGCACAAGCUCAUUCACGCGCAGAGGAGACGCUCAGCUAAGAACACGAGCAAUGGACCAAAAUAACAACCGAAGGAUGCCCCGAGGGACUACAAUGUUUCAGAUCUGAGAGGGCGAAGGAAAUGGGGGUUUUACAUUUGUUGGUGUUUAUACUUCUUGGGGACAGAUUGGGUCCUGCAAGACUGGACAUUGUAGUGAACGGCCAGGCCAGUGAGCGCCGGGUCUUAGCCCACAUUCCUGGUGACAUCAUCAUCGGGGCACUCUUCUCCGUCCAUCAUCAGCCGCCGGCCGACAAGGUUCACGAGCGUAAAUGCGGAGCCAUACGCGAACAGUAUGGUAUCCAGCGGGUAGAGGCCAUGAUGCACACCCUGGACCGCAUCAAUGCAGACCCAAACAUCCUGCCCAACAUUACGCUGGGUUGCGAGAUCAGAGACUCCUGCUGGCAUUCAGCUGUUGCUCUAGAGCAAAGCAUUGAGUUCAUUCGAGAUACCCUGGUCUCGGCGGAGGAGGAAGAGGGCAUUUCCAAGUGUUCAACUGAAGGUGGAGGUACACCCAUGAAAGGGAAGAAGCCCAUUGUAGGACUGAUCGGGCCUGGGUCCAGCUCUGUGGCCAUCCAGGUUCAGAAUCUCCUACAACUCUUCAACAUUCCCCAGAUUGCAUAUUCAGCCACCAGCAUGGACCUCAGUGAUAAGUCCUUGUAUAAGUACUUCAUGAGGGUGGUGCCUUCCGAUGCCCAGCAAGCAAGAGCUAUGGUGGACAUUGUCAAAAGAUACAAUUGGACCUACGUAUCUGCUAUUCACACUGAAGGAAACUAUGGUGAGAGUGGAAUGGAGGCCUUCAAAGACAUGGCAGCCAAGGAGGGUAUCUGCAUCGCCCACUCUGACAAGAUCUACAGCAAUGCUGGAGAGCAGAGUUUUGACCGACUUCUCGAUAAGCUCAGGAGCCACCUACCCAAAGCUCGUGUGGUGGCUUGCUUCUGUGAGGGCAUGACCGUACGUGGCAUUCUCAUGGCCAUGAGACGGCGUCGCCUAGUUGGGGAGUUCCUAUUGGUUGGCAGUGAUGGUUGGGCAGACCGCUAUGAUGUCACAGACGGGUUCCAGAGAGAGGCAGCAGGGGGAAUCACAAUCAAACUGCAGUCUGCUUACGUCACCUGGUUUGACGACUACUAUUUGAACCUGAAGCUGGACUCUAACAGCCGGAACCCCUGGUUUCCAGAGUUCUGGCAGCAUCGCUUCCAAUGCCGGCUGAAGGGGCAUCUGCAAGAGAGCACCAAAUACAACAAGACCUGCACUAAGAAGGAGUCGCUCCGACACCAGUACGCUCAGGACACAAAGAUGGGCUUUGUGAUAAAUGCCAUCUACUCCAUGGCUUACGGUCUGCAUGCCAUGCAGAAGUCUCUGUGUCCUGGCUACACGGGUCUUUGUGAAGCCAUGCGGCCAAUUGAUGGAGGUAAACUCUUAGAAUUCCUCAUGAGGACAGACUUCACUGGUGUGUCGGGGGAAGUGGUGCUGUUUGAUGAGAACGGAGACUCCCCGGGGAGAUAUGAGAUAAUGAACUUUAAACAGAUGAGUGAAGAGGACUACAGCUACAUACAUGUUGGCAGCUGGGACAAUAGCGGGCUGAAGAUGGAUGACGAGGAGAUUUGGACCAACAGCAGUGCUAUCAUCAGAUCAGUAUGUAGUGAUCCCUGUGAGAAAGCUCAGAUCAAGGUGAUCCGUAAGGGUGAGGUAAGCUGCUGUUGGACCUGCACUCCGUGUAAAGAAAACGAGUUUGUGUUUGAUGAAUACACCUGCCGUGCAUGUGAGCUUGGAUCCUGGCCUACCGAUGACCUCACAGGGUGUGAGCCAAUCCCGGUGCAGUACCUUCUGUGGGGAGAUCCUGAGCCAAUUGCAGCUGUGGUCUUCGCCUGCCUUGGCCUGCUUGCCACCAUCUUCAUCACCUUAGUCUUUGUCAGGUUCCACGAUACACCUGUGGUGAAGUCCUCCAGCAGGGAGCUGUGCUUCAUCAUUCUGGCUGGUAUCUGUUUAGGGUACCUGUGUACGUUCUGCCUGAUUGCCAAGCCACAUGUGGCCUACUGCUACUUGCAGAGGCUGGGCAUCGGGCUGUCACCUGCCAUGAGCUACUCUGCCCUGGUCACCAAGACCAACCGCAUCGCUCGCAUCCUUGCCGGCAGCAAGAAGAAGAUCUGCACCAAGAAGCCUCGUUUCAUGAGUGCCUGCGCCCAACUGGUCAUUGCCUUCAUCCUCAUCUUGAUUCAGCUGGGUAUCAUUGUGGCGCUCUUCAUCAUGGAACCCCCGCAGGUGAUCUAUGACUACCCGUCUAUACGCGAGGUGCACCUCAUCUGCAAUACCACCACGCUUGGAGUUGUGGCACCAUUGGGAUACAACGGGCUGCUCAUUCUCAGCUGCACCUUCUACGCCUUUAAGACUCGAAAUGUCCCCGCCAAUUUCAACGAGGCUAAAUACAUCGCAUUCACCAUGUACACUACCUGCAUUAUCUGGCUAGCAUUUGUGCCAAUUUAUUUUGGUUCAAACUACAAGAUAAUCACCAUGUGUUUCUCGGUGAGCCUUAGUGCUACCACUGCUCUAUGCUGCAUGUUUGUGCCCAAAGUCUACAUCAUGUUAGCCAAACCGGAGAGGAACGUGCGCAGUGCGUUCACCACAUCGACGGUUGUGAGGAUGCACGUUGGUGAUGGGAAAGCUGCCUCAGCCGCUAGCCGGUCCAGUAGCAUGGCUAACCUGUUCAGACGCAAAGGAUCUGGUACAGACACUGCAAGUUCAAAUGGCAAAACGGUGACCUGGGCACAGAACGAGAGAGGUUACAGGCCAAACCUUUGGAAGCGGAUCUCCAUUCACCUUAAAAAGAAGGAGGAGGCCAACCAGACAGCCAUCAUUAAGCCCUUCUCAAAGGGCUGUGACCGCACGCCAGACACUGGGGUGAAGCUAGCAUAUGAAGGGCCUCAGAAAAACCAGCGCUACCCUGUAUCCUACUGCCCUCGUGCCCCAUCACCACUGCCGACUGUGAGCCAGCGGACUUCUAUGAAGAGAUGCGAAGUGGAAGACCAUGAGGAACAACGUGUGCCGGUAGUGCCGCUACCUUCAUAUCUUACUGAGCGCUUGUGUCAUGGCGCCCCACCCCAGACCUCCAUCAUGGAUCAGAUCAGCUGUGUGGUCAGCCAUUUCACAGCCAACAUCAGUGAGUUCAACAAUAUGAUGCUGCCCAGUUCCCCACCAGGGACAGCUGUAAUUGUCGCUGCCCCAGUCCCAAGACCCUGUUCCCCUUCUUUCCACCGGCACCCGCAAGAAUGGCAGCGCCCCUCCACCGUCACCACCUAUGCUGAUGUUGUGGCUUCAGCAAACACCAACCCUCGCUCUGCGGUCGGCAUUGCAGGGGGCAUUAUGGCUAGUGGGAAUAGCAGAGCUUCACCAGCCAGUCUUUUUGAGAGCACCUACGACUCUUCGUGUGCUGUCAGAACCACUGAUUUGGAGGACUUGGGUGCCUUGACUCCCCCAUCCCCAUUCAGAGACUCCUCUGUGGAUUCAGUUAGUGAAUCUCCCACGUCCCCAGCCUCAGAGAUGCCCUUGUGCGAGCCCUGCUCUCCCAUAUACGACCAGCUGGUGCUUAGGCACUACAGCCAGAGCUCCUCUUCACUCUGAGAGGCUGUUCAGAGGACAGGAAGGGGACAGGCAACUACUAAGAGUGUGCAUCUGCUUAGAUUGCAAAGCUGAACUGUAAAUGUCCAGGAGUGUAAACUAUUAAUAUACAAGCACUCACAGAGGACUUUUUAUGGUGCUUGGAAUCCAGCCCAUCCUCAAAAUACUGAUAGUUUGAGAUCUGCGUAAGGGAAGGCACUUCACAAAAUGACUUUUCAGCUAAUUAAGGAUGUACUUGAUAUGCUCUUGUGUAUGAGAGCACUUGGAAAACUUUCAGGACUUGAAUUUUAUGGUCUCUUGACAAGAUGUAACUGAUGUGAAAGAUUAUGUGUUUGGUUUUCAGCCAGUAUAACAUUCCAAUGACGUCAAACCACAAAGGCGUGGAAACUAACAAUGUUCUGCACCAGGCUACGUACACUGGCGGCCAAAAUUUUGGAAUAAUGUACAGAUUUGAAAGAAUUUCUUCUUUCUACAGAAGAAAUUGGUACUUUUAUUCACCAAAGUGGCAUUCAACUGAUCACAAUGUAUAGUCAGGACAUUAACAGCAUGAAAAAUUACUAUUACAAUUUGAAAAGAAAUUUCAGAACUUCUUAAACUACUUCAAAGAGUUCUCAUCAAAAAAUCCUCCGGGGCCUGGGUAGCUCAGCGAGUAAAGAUGCUGACUACCACCCCUGGAGUUUGCGAGUUCGAAUCCCAGGGCGUGCUGAGUGACUCCAGCCAGGUCUCCUAAGCAACCAAAUUGGCCCGGUUGCUAGGAAGGGUAGAGUCACAUGGGGUAACCUCCUUGUGGUCGCUAUAAUGUGGUUCGCUCUUGGUGGGGCACGUGGUGAGUUGUGCGUGGAUGCUGCGGUGCAUGGCGUGAAGCCUCCACAUGCGCUAUGUCUCUGCAGUAACACGCUCAACAAGCCAUGUGAUAAGAUGCACAGGUUGACGGUCUCAGACGUGGAGGCAACUGAGAUUUGUCCUCCACCACCUGGAUUGAGGCGAGCCACUAUGAUCCAUAACACUCUUUUCCAAUUAUCUGUUGUCAAUGUCUGUGUUUCUUUUUGUUUUUCUGUUUCAAAAGUGGCUUUUUCUUUGCAAUUCUUCCCAUAAGGCCUGCACUGUCAGUUGAGGACAUGUGAGGUGUCUAUUUCUCAAACUAGAGACUCUGAUGUACUUAAUCCUCUUUAGUUGUACAUCUGGGCCUUCCACAUCUCUUUCUGUCCUUGUUAGAGCCAGUUGUCCUUUGUCUUUGAAAACUAUAGUGUACGCCUUUGUAUGAAAUCUUCAGUUUUUUUGGCAAUUUCGAGCAUUGUAUAGCCUUCAUUCCUCAAAAAAAUGACUGACUGAAGAGUUUCUAGAGAAACAGCAAAAUCUGUACAUUAUUCCAAACUUUUGGCCACCAGUGUAACUUAAGUUUUUUUCUGGCCUUUUGCCUGUCAACAAGAUGUCAGCAUCUUGCACAGUUCUUUACAUAAAAUAAAAGUGCAAAAGUCUGAAUGUAGGUAGGACCAAACUGAGACUUGAAUCUUUAUAGGAAUAUUCCAGGUUCAAUACAAGUUAAGCUCAAUCUACAGCAUUUGUGGCAUAAUGUUGAUUACCACAAAACUUUAUUUUGACUUGCCCUCCUUUUCUCUAAAAAAGCAAAAAAAAAAAAAAAAAGAAAAAAGAAAAUUAGGUUACUGUAAGGAGUAAUGGAAGUAAAUGUGACCAAUUUUUGGAGGAUUUAAAUGCAGAAAUGUGAAGCUUAUAAUUUUUUAAAAAAAAGCUAAUUAAUUCUUCUGUUAAAUCUUUGAGCUGUAAAGUUAAAUCCAAAUUUUUAUGGUUGUUUUUAGGGUUUACAGUGUUACGUUGUCAUGGCAAUGAAGUUGCAAAAUUUGAUAUAUCUUUACACAGAAAAGGUUAGUAAUAGAUUUUAUCACACUAAUAUUAUGUUAACACAAAAUGUUUACAUCUUGUUGCUAUAAUUUUUAAACAGUGUGUUUUUUAUUGUUUAUGGAUUGGCCCCAUUCACUUCUUUUAUAAGUGCCUUACUGUAACUGCGAUUUAUGCAUUCCUUUUUUAUAUAAUUAAUGAGUUAAAAAUAUUUUUAGUGGGAAUCAAUAACCACAAAUGCUGUUUAUUGAGUUUAACUUGUAUUGAACCCAGAAUAUUACUUCAAGUGCAAAACAUUUGUUUAAAUAUUGAUCUUUUUUUUUAUUUUAUUUUUACCCUAGGUUAGAGGUUGCAUGUUGUGCCAUAAAAAUUAUUAUUAUUAUUAUAUUUUUUCAUAAUAAGUUAUAUUUAAAGUGAAUAAGAACAAGUUUAGUUACUUAACAAAGAAAUGUCCCACACUUUAGUUUAGACAAUGUGUCUAAAAUUACUUCUGCCUGUUGGGUAGACAAUGUCUAAUCUCAUAUCCAAGAUCAGGUCAGUGUAUUUAUACAAACAUGGCCAAGCAUUAAUUGAAGUUUUAGUUGAAGAAUCACUCUAAUUUAAAACAUGUAGAGAAAACUGAAAAAAAUUAA